AUGGCCGAAACAAGCGAAGAAAACGGUUCCGAACAGGAGAGUGAGCAGAGCGACUUGUUCUCGUCGGAGGAUGAAAUACAUGCUGAAUUUGAGAGAGCAAUUACUUGGCUCCUUCGAGCUCUAAGUUGGUGUAAAUGUGGACAUUGUACUUUGUCGAAAAAGGCAAUCGAGUGUUUUUUGUUGCCACAAAAAAAAGCGCUUGAAUACGAUGAGUACGAGGCUUUGCUAGGCCAAAUAAAAACUCAAGGAGAGUAUUGCUUGACAACACACCAAGAAUUUAGGGACAAUAUUCUGUCAGAAAGUUUGUUAAAGAUAGACGUGUGUCGGUAUCUUGAAGAAAAUUGGCCCCUGUCUGAUGAGGAUCUGGAGAGAAUAUACGAGCUGUAUCGAUUAGUCGCAUAUCAAAGAUGUUCUAGGUGGAUUUUUCAAAUUUGGGGGAAUAAACAUCGAAGACCAUUUCCUGCUUGUAUUGAUGCUAGCAUACGAAAACGCUUCGCGUCACCAGACGGACUUUAUACACAUUUUUAA